CCUGCUUGUUGUGGAUAUAUAAGAGGAGAGAAGCCAGACAGAUCAGUGAGUAACACCAACCACACUGCAGCUAUGGAUAACGGGCAGAGAAAGACGAACAACUGCAGCAAUGGUCAUUUUCGACUUUCACAUCAAGUGUUCUCAGGUGGUUACACAUGUUCAAAGUACCGACUGCUGCUGCUGUGUUUGGGGCUGCUGAACGUGGUGCUGUUGAUAUCUGCAGUUGUUAUUGGAAUAAAGUGUGCCCAAAUAAGGCAGAACUCCCUCCACGUCUCCCAUCCAGCUGCAGCACAGCUCCUCAAUCAGCUCCAUGAUCUCCACAACAACCACAGUGAUGUGAUCAUGGCUGAGGAGGACGCUAAGAGAGCUUUAGAGACAGCAGUCAUAAACCACGCCAUGCUCAGAGACCAGCUCCAACAAAAAAAGAUCAUCAAUGAUGGCUAUCAAAAACAGCUUGAGGCUCUGCGGACUGAGAGGACGACCCUGCUCUCUAACAUUUCAGCUCUGGAGUCGUCUUGUGGGAAAUGCCCCUCUGGAUUUCUUCAUUUCAACACCUCCUGCUACUUUUUUUCUUCCUCCGAGUCUUCUACUGUCAAAAAGAACUGGCAUGACAGCAGAACAGACUGCAUCAACCGUGGAUCUGACCUGAUUGUGAUCGACAGCCCAGAGGAGCAGGCAUUUGUGAGUAACAACAUUAAGAAUAUGGUAAGUGGUCGUAUGUCCUGGCAGAGUGGUUUCUGGGUGGGUCUCACCGACAUCGAGACAGAGGACCAGUGGGUGUGGAUUAAUAAUGUCACAGAGGUGGAACCGAGGUACUGGGAUGAAGGAGAACCAAACAACCAUGGACCCGAUGGAGAAGACUGUGCACUUGUAAUUCACAGGCCCUCGAAUCCUUGGAAGACCCGUUAUGAUGCAAAGUGCAAGGAGCACGAGUUAUACUGGCUAUGUGAGAAGUCAACCAGACAUAACCAAUAGUUUCUCCUGAUGUGUUGAUCCAGCAAUCUUGAUUAAAAAAUCUUC